GGUGUGUGCAUCUCUCAGUCAUUGAAGAUACCACGAGAACCUAAGCUUGGAGAGUUUGACAAGGUCAUCCGUAGACUGUCGGAGAACCCCAAUGCCCGGGUUGUCAUUCUCUUUGCCAACGAAGAUGACAUUAAGUAAGUUCAGUUGACUGUUACAGGAAUGAAAAAAAUAUGAAACUAACUAACUAAAUGAUGCCAACAAAGUUACUCAAUCCAUCUGAGUUUCUGUUUAAUGACACAUUCAUAAUGUUGGCCCAUUGGGUAUACACUGUGGUGUAAAUGGCUGUAAAUGUGUAUAUUGUCCUCCUCAGAUAACAUUCAAUUAGUUAUUUACUGUAAGCUAUAACAGCUUUGUUUUCAUUAGGUGUCCAUAGUGUAAUGGAUGUGUGCCAGUUUACAUUAAAUAUAUACAAUCUAACUAUAUGUAGCAUUCUGAUAAUAUGUUCUUCUCAUCUGUGGUAUAUAUUUCUAGAUUAUAGCAAUUUCCAAUCUUCUGCAUCUUGUUUAAUUUCCUCUGUUCCCCUGCAGUGUUAUAAACCUUUAAUAGGACUGAGGAGCAUCUUGAUCAGUUGGCAUGGGGUGGCAGGUGGUGAUGUGCGUGGGUGCAAGUAAUGCAGCUAGCCAUUAUGUUUUGCAGCACAUUCUAAAAUUACCUAGUACUAACACAAGCAUAGAAUAUACAGUACAUAUAUAGCACAAUGUAUGGGUUUGUCCUCCAUAUUGAUAUAGUGCAACAUUUGCCAUCUGUCUGUCAUUGGAUACACACAUAGGAUCCAAAACAUUUCACAAAACAACACUGCAGUGGCUUAUGGUAUGUAAAUAUGAACACAGGACUUUUGUUGAGAGGUGCAUGAGAAGAGAGAGAGAGAGAGAGAGAGAGAGAGAGAGAGGGAGCCCUACACAAUUUAUUGCCAAUUUGAUUUAUAUUUGAACUAUACUGUGAACUUUUUCUAUUCAAGAAUAUAGCAAUGACUUUAACAUGUAAUUUGUACUCACAUAUAUAAUAAAUAAUGCUAACUUAUUCCAAUAGCUUGGUGAGUAGAAUGCAUAUUGUAUAAUAUCCAUCUGCCCUCAGAGGCAAUAUACCAAAUGCAGGGAUUUUGAGGUUCUAUGAGGUAAUAGGCUUAAAAUAAAAAUCGGGUUGCUGAGUCAAGUAACACAUACAGUAUAAACCAAUGUGAGAAGUAUCCAAAGGCAAUUUAUUACAAUAACCAAAGUUACCAUUAAAUAAUUUUGCACUUUUUUUACCCUGUCCUAUUGCUUUUGCUCAACAGUACAAAUGUGUAGAAAAGAGUUGUUAUAAAUAGCAUUAACCUAGAAUUACCAUGUAGAGGAGCAGUUGACAUUAGUCAGGUAUAUAUUCUUCUUAAAGGAUAUAGGCAGUGAUUUGAGGAAGCCGUAGAUGGUGGAUGACCGGGGCAGAGGUCCCAGUGCUCAUUGACUUAAUCCAAGCUUGAUAAUGGGUAAUAGUGUGGAUAUACAGUAAUUAUACAAAGCCAGGGGGAUUUAAGCUCAGUAUGUCUGCUCUACCCUUGAACCCAGUCAAUGUCAGUUGGCAGCCACUUAAUAAAAAAACAAAAACUAUAGAAAACUGCUUGAGCAAGAGUUGCCUCAUCCACAGGAGAAUGAUGUUAGUGCUAUCCUGCAUUUUGUCCUAAACAUAGACCUUCAGUCCAUGUAAUUGAGUGAUUUCAUGAUGAGAACACCUGGUGUUUAUGUGAUAAACUAGAUUGUCCUGUGAACGACCUUAAGGGGGGGUUGCAAUUGACAGUUGACAAAACAGUCUCCUUCCCUUCUCCUUACGUCCAGGAAGAUGUUCUAUCUUAUUUUGAAGGAUGGAACAAGUUGCCAUGGACCCAUACAAAUAACAAUUCUCAAGUGAGGCAAAAAAGGAGCAUAUGACAACAUUUGCAUAGUAUACUGUAGGUUUUGUUAUGGACAUUAUUGUCUCCUGUAAAGCCACAUGGGAAAGCUGGGACUCAGAAUAAACCAUGUUUAUUCAGUGAGAGGUAGGAGAAAGGUCAUUAUAACUCAAACAUGCAUUAUUCUCAGUCUCUUCAUUCUUUGGAUUGAGUGGUGAGGAAUAGGGGUAGCAGAGUGACUCAGGAGACACUGUGUUGUUAUUGUACCUGGCUGUUGUAGCGACUGUGUUUCCAGUACUACGUCUAAUAUAUCCUGAUUGCCUAGUCACUUUUACCUCUACCUACAUGUUCAUAUUAACUCAAAUACCUCAACUACCUCGUACCCCUGCACAUUGACACGGUACCUGUACUCCUUGUAUAUAGUCUCGUUAUUGUUAUUAUAUUGUGUUGCUAUUUCCUUUUGAAGUUUCAGCAAAUGUAUCUUACUUUUUAUCUCUGCAUUGUUGGGAAAGGGCUCGUAAGUAAGCAUUUCACAGUAAAGUCUGCACCUGUUGUAUUCGGCGCAGGUGACAAAUACAAUUUGAUUUGAGUACUGUGGUCCUGGUGGCAGCAAAAUGAGUGAUUUAAUACAGAGCCUGGUGGAACAGCAGGGAACGCCGGCUGGCUCAUCAUGGUUGCUUCUUAAUUAGCUCUAUUACCAGGGAGGGACCAACCUUGGAGUAAUGUGGCAGCACUGGCAGCCUGGGAUGGGUGUUCACUAGCCUGCACCAUGCACACUCCACAGGGUGCCCUCUGUCUUAGGCAGGGAGGGUGGCAGUGUUCCAACUGUGUUCUUCUUUAGUGUGUUGUGCUGGUCCUAGGGACCCACGGGAUGUGCAGGUAGGCUUUUGUUCAUGUCCAGUACCAACACACGGUUUUCAACUAAUCAUCAAGGCCCUUUUGUAUAUAAGUGGCAAGAAUUGUAUUGUAUUCUCUCUUUUCCCCUCUUACAGGCGGCUUCUUCAAGCAGCUAAGAAGGCUAACCAGACAGGACAUUUUAUAUGGGUGGGGUCAGACAGCUGGGGGUCUAAGAUCUCCCCCAUCCUGAACCAGGAAGAGAUGGCAGAAGGGGCUGUCACGAUCCUACCCAAACGACAGUCCAUCCGAGGUAUUGAUGUUAUACACACUAUAUAAUGUCCUUUAUUCCUCAUUGUCAUAAAUGCCACACAACGGUAGGCAGUUCUGGUCAAGUGAGGAUGACAUUUAAAUCUAUUUUCUGUUGUCUAUGACAAUGCACGUCUAAUAUAGCUAGAUAUUUCCAUAUCAAACACUGACACACUGUAAACAACAGCAGGAUAAGAACACCAGUGAGAUGAAAGUACUAUGCGGAGAUAGUGUUGAAAAAAUAUGUUGAUAAAGUCAUUGCUGCAGUAGUUCAAAUCCAAAUGUGCCUCUCAUUGAUCUCUCUAGGGUUUGAUCGGUACUUCAUCAGCAGAACUUUGGACAACAACAGAAGGAAUAUUUGGUUCGCAGAGUUCUGGGAAAACAACUUCCAGUGCAAACUCAGUCGACACGCUCUGAAGAAAGGAUCCGGCAUCAAAAAGUGCACAAGUAAGAAAAGGAUUUCCUUGUUUACCAUAGCCUACUCUCACACACAUUCUGUUUAUGACCUCACAGAUGCAAUCGCUAGUUGUAGUAUUCUGAACAUGUUUUGGUUGAUGUGCCAUUCCAUCUAUUUAAAAUACUAUGGUUAUUUUGCAUGCAGGGGUGAGAAACAUGGAGUCCAAAAUGUACGCCCAGGUUGCAGGGGUAUACUGUACAUACUUCCUGUGGCAAGUUCCAAACUCUGCCAGGAACUUUGAUUAUUCAAAUAUUAUCAAUUAAGCAGAAUAGAAGAAUCAUCACUAUAUUGCACUUAAGUGUAACUAGAGGAAUGCGGAAUAUGUUUUGCAAGUGCAAUGCCAACUAAAUAGAUUGGUUUCAUUACGGUUCUUAACAUUUAUUUGUGCUUGAAUGUAAACUUAUAACCCUUCUCCAACAGCCUUAUGCAUCUGCAGAGAUGUAGGCUACUGUAGUAUGAGCUAGGGUAAAUGUUAGGUAAAUGCAAUGUAAAGGGUAGGAUCCUCUUGUUCUGUUAGACAUGAUUAAAUGUUCCCAUUACUCCACGUCUCCAAGUACAAUCUGCACUGCAGUACAAUAGCAAUCACCAAAACUGGGCCAUUACACAAGUUGAAAACACAAUCAAUAGCAAAUCCAAUCAGCAUAUUAGAGACAAGCUCCCAGGUCAUUAAAAUCAGUAGGCACUCCAAGCCUGACUGUCUUUCAUUUCCCUGUACAGACAACACAAUCUUCAGGAUUCUAAUCAGUCUAGACAGGACUGAUUCUGGAAUUGGUUGGAUUGUGAAGCUUUGAUGGUUGAUUCCUUCUUACGCGUUAAUGUCUCUUACUUUCAUCAGCUUGCUACGAUAGUUGCUGGGAACUGAUGGGUUUCCUCGCAACAGUUGCAUGACGUCAUAAUGUCACAACUAUUUGCAGUGAAGACAUGAUUUGUUGUGGCACACUUUAUACAGGUUCAGUUCUUGGUGAUCAAAAGGGAUCCAAAGAGAGUGGUUGAGAAACAUGGCCUCAGUAAUUAUGUUCAGAUCCUUGUUUCUAAAAUCAUAUGUACUUUAUUUAAUGCAUAAGGCGGGGUGUACUGUAGAGCUUGUGUUACACUUGACAACCUGAUGAAAGACAUGAAUUUGAUAACUUAAUGCACUAAAUUAACUGUAAACAUGAUCCUGCCUUAAACUCAAGAAAGACCACUUAAGAUAUUUUCCCAUCGAAAGGGCGGCAGGUAGCCUAGAGCAGGGGUUCCCAAACUUUUCUACUUUGUGACCCACCAAUUGAGGAGUCUUUUGAGUCUCGACCCACCAUAAUGGCUGUGGUGAAAAAAUAUAUACAGACCAAAGAUAAGUUCAAAAAUGUUAUCUUGGCAGCAGAGCGAGGUUUUUCAGUUUCAAAGCUAAUCUCCUGCAAUUCUACACAACCUGCCAUGGAGCUGAAAGAAAAUCUUGCAAUUUUAUAGCCAAUUUCCUGCAAUUUUAUACAUUUUGCCAUAGAGCUGUUUUGUUAUUAAGUCCUACAAUUCUACGCAUUUUGACAUGGCUAAUGCUGUGUUCUAAUGCUUAAACAUUAUAACAAAAUCAAUGGUGGCCUGAUUGUCUAGCUUUGUUUGUAAAUUCUCAAAGAUUAUAGGCUAUUAUUGAAAAAUAUAAAGGUCCAUUAUCUUUUCUACGUACUUUCUAUUUGGUUUUAGUCAUUUAAGUUUACACUGAAAGCAUUUUUCUAUAUAUAUACAGUACCAGUCCAAGGUUUGGACACACCUACUCAUUCAAGGGUUUUUCUUUAUUUCUACUACUUUCUACAUUGUAGAAUAAUAGUGAAGACAUCUAUGAAAUGACACAAAUGGAAUCAUGUAGUAACCAAAAAAGUGUUAAACAAAUCAAAAUAUAUUUUAGAUAUUAGAUUCUUCAAAGUAGCCACCCUUUGCCUUGAUGACAGCUUUGCACACUCUUGGCAUUCUCUCAACCAACUUCAUGAGGUAGUCACCUGGAAUGCUUUUCCAACAGUCUUGAAGGAGUUCCCAAAUGCUUAGCAGUUGUUGGCUGCUUUUCCUUCAAUCUGCGGUCCAACUCAUCCCAAACCAUCUCAAUUGGGUUGAGGUUGGGUGAUUGUGGAGGCCAGGGCAUCUGAUGCAGCACUCCAUCACUCUCCUUCUUGGUCAAAUAGCCUUUACACAGCCUGGAGGUGUGUUUUGGGUUAUUGCCCUGUUGAAAAACAAAUGAUAGUCCCACUAAGCGCAAACCAGAUGGGAUGGCGUAUCGCUGCAUAAUACUGUGGUAGCCAUGCUGGUUAAGUGUGCCUUGAAUUCUAAAUAAAUCACUGACAGUGUCACAAGCAAAGCACCCCCACACCAUCACACCUCCUCCUCCAUGCUUCACGGUGGGAACCACACUUGCGGAGAUCAUCCGUUCACCUACUCUGUGUCUCACAAAGACACGGCAGUUGGAACCAAAAAUCUCAAAUUUGGACUCAUCAGACCAAAGGACAGAUUUCCACUGGUCUAAUGUCCAUUGCUUGUGUUUCUUGGCCCAAUCAAGUCUCUUCUUAUUAUUGGUGUCCUUUAGUAGGGGUUUAUUUGCAGAAAUUCGUCCAUGCAGGCCUAAUUCACGCAGUCUCUUCUGAACAGUUGUUGUUGAGAUGUGUCUAUUACUUGAACUCUGUGAAGCAAUUAUUUGGGCUGCAAUCUGAGGUGCAGUAAAUUGCCGAUUUCUGAGGCUGGUAACUCUAAUGAACUUAUCCUCUGCAGCUGAGUUAACUCUGGGUCUUCCUUUCCUGUGGCGGUCCUCAUGAGAGCUAGUUUCAUCAUAGCACUUGAUGGUUUUUGCGACUGCACUUGAAGACAUUUUCAAAGUUCUUUAAAUUUUCCGGAUUGACUGACCUUCAUGGCUCAAAUGCAUUAAGAACAAAAUAAAUUCCACAAACUAACAUUUAAAAAGGGACACCUGUUAAUUGAAAUGCAUUCCUGGUGACUACCUCAUGAAGCUGGUUGAGAGAAUGCUAAGAGUGUGCAAAGCUGUCAUCAAGGCAAAGGGUGGCUACUUUGAAGAAUCUAAAAUCUAAAAUAUAUUUUGAUUUGUUUAACACUUUUUUGGUUACUACAUGAUUCCAUUUGUGUUAUUUCAUAGUUUUGAUGCCUUCACUAUUAUUGUACAAUGUAGAAAAUAGUCAAAAUAAAUGAAAAUCCUUGAAUGAAUCGGUGUGUCCAAACCUUUGACUGGUACUGUAUUUAUAUUGUUGUUGCUUUAUUUGGGGGGGGGGGGGGGGGGGGGGGGGGGGGGGGUGUCAUCCCACAACCCACCUGGACCCCUGCCGCGAGCCACAAGUGGGUCUCGACCAACAGUUUGGGAACCACUGGCCUAGAGGUCAAGAGUUUCUGGUUCGAAUCCCCAAGCCGACUAGGUGAAAAAUCUGUUAAUGUGCCCUUGAUCAAGGCACUUAACCCUACUGCUCCUGUAGGUCCCCCUGGAUCAGAGUGUCUGCUAAAUGACUAAAAUGUAAAUGUCAACCUUAACCAUGUCAUUAGCUGAUAAUAGAGCAGCCUCAAGUGCAAUAUGUUAGUCAUUGGUAAAUUUAGGGCCUCCGGCACAAGCCAAUGUCCUCCUGUCAUGAUAUCAGCCAAGCAAAACAUAAUUUUGAUAACACACUUUGGUGCCGAAGCAGUGUGUUGCCACAACAUUUCUGAAAAUGCUGGUGUCCACGUAUCUGAAAACUCACAUUACUGUAUAUAGCAUACUCCCAGAACCACAACAUACCUCAUUCAGCAUCACCAUGUGAGGAUCUAAUUUACAAUUCAAAUGAAUGGUGAUUAGUUUUCUAAAUUGUAUAAAGGAAUAGAACAAAUGUAAGCUCUUUGUUUAUUUUAGCUCAUUAAGCAAAAUGUUGAGGAGCUUGACAAUUAUGCAAUAUUUCCAUUAUUCAUAAUCCAAUGCAAGAAUGAGAUGUACAAUCUUGUCUCCAAAAUUUCACAGGGGGCCUGAAGUAAUCCAGCUGAAUGUAAAAAUAAUGAAACUGCAUUAGUUUUAGCACAACAUUAGUCAAUUAAGCAAAGACUUAACUGUAAGGUCUCUGCACAUACCUUAUGCCUUACGGAUGCUCUCAAACAGACUUGCCUCCUAAGUUUCAAGAGAGAGGAUAGUAUUCUCUUUGUGUGUACUGGUACCUUUCAUCAGUUGUCAUGGUUGCGGCCCUUGAGCCAAAUUGCAGCAGUUUUUUUCUGCAGUGAGUGGCCCCAGGAGCACUGUAAUUUCGUACAGUAAAGAGUUACUGUAUAUCCACUCUACUCAGAACCCCCAUAUCCUCCACAACAACUAUCAUCUAUUCUCUCUCUCUCUCUCUCUCUCUCUCUCUCUCUCUCUCUCUCUCUCUCUCUCUCUCUAUCUCUCUCACACUCUCUUUCAUCUCCUCUUUCUCUCUCUCUUUCGCUUUAUUUUUCUCUCUCUCUCCGUACCAUUCACUAUAGUAUAUUUCAGGGGUGCGUUUUGCAGUACGAUUGUGCUGGCCCUCUGUAAAAUUAUUGAUUUGCUCUAAUAGACAACAUGAUUUGAAUUAAGAGUUUGCCAAAUCAUCAAAUUUGAGGGAGAGUGGGAAAGAGGAGUAUUCUCCUGUGAUCUGUCUCUGCUACAGAGAUACACUACAUGACCCAAAGUAUGUGAAUACCUGCUCAUCUAACAUCUCAUUCCAAAAUCACGGGUAUUAAUAUGGAGUUGGUCUCCCCUUUGCUGCUAUAACAGCCUACACUCUUCUGGGAAGGCUUUCCACUAAAUGUUGGAACAUUGCUAAACGGACUUGCUUCUAUUCAGCCACAAGAGCAUUAGUGAGGUCGGGCACUGAUGUUGGGCGAUUAGGCCUGGCUCGCAUUUGGCGUUCCAAUUCAUCCUAAAGGUGAUCGAUGGGGUUGAGGUCAGGGCUCUGUGGAGGCCAGUCAAGUUCUUCCACACUGAUCUCGACAAUCAAUUUUUAUAUGGACCUAGCUUUGUGCACGGGGGCAUUGUCAAGCUGAAACAGGAAAGGGUCUUCCCCAAACUGUUGCCACAAAGUUGGAAGCACAGAAUUGUCUAGAAUGUCAUUAUAUGCUGUAGCAUUAACAUUUCCCUUCAUUGGAACUAUGGAGCCUAGCUCGAAAAACAGCCCCAGACCAUUAUUCCUCCUCCACCAAACUUUACAGUUGGCACUAUGCAUUAGGGCAGGUAGUGUUCUCCUGGCAUCCGCCAAACCCAGAUUAGUCCGUUGUACUGCCAGAUGGUGAAGCGUAAUUCAUCACUCCAGAAAACGCGUUUCCACUGCUCCAGAGUCCAAUAGCGGCGAGCUUUACACCACUCCAGUUGACGCUUGGCACUGCGCAUGGUGAUCUUAGGCUUGUGUGCGGCUGCUCGGCCAUGGAAACCCAUUUCAUGAAGCUCCCGACGAACAGUUAUUGUGCUGACGUUGCUUCCAGAGGCAGUUUGGAACUCUGUAGUGAGUGUUGCAACCGAGGUCAGACGAGUUUUACGCACUACGCGCUUCAGCACUUGGUGGUCCCAUUCUGUGAGCUUGUGUGGCCUACCACUUCACGUCUGAGCCAUUGUUGCUCCUGAAUGUUUCCACUACACAAUAACAGCACUUACAGUUAACCGGGGCAGCUCUAGCAGGGCAGAAAUUUGACAAACUGACUUGUUGGAAAGAAGGCAUCCUAUGAAGGUGUCACGUUGAAAGUCACUGAGCUCUUCAGGAAGGCCAUUCUACUGCAAAUGUUUGUCUAUGGAGAUUGCAUGGCUGUGUGUUUGAUUUUAUACACCUGUCAGCAACAGGUGUGGCUGAAAUAGCCGAAUCCACUCAUUUGAAGUACUUUUGUAUAUAUAGUGUAUUUAUGAAUCAACCUCCUGCUAUUGGCCAACUGCUGAUGUUACUGCAAACAUUUAACUGAGGAAGCUGGGACUGUAAAGCACUCCAUUUAAUUUCAUAAGAAACCCCAGGGACCGGUGGUUAUGGGGACUGAUACCCACGUGUACCCCCUCAGAAGUUUAGAGUUUUGUGUUUGUCGAUUGUAUGUGGAAAGAACAGCAAAACAAAAUCAUGGUUAUUGUAAGUCACAUACUUCUUUUUUUUUUGUAGACACUCUUAUCCAGAGCGACUUACAGUUAGUGAGUGCAUACAUUUUUCAUACUGGCCCCCCGUGGGGAACGAACCCACAACCCUGGCGUUGCAAGCGCCAUGCUCUACUAACUGAGCUACAGGGGACUACACAGGCUCCUUCCCUUCUCCUUACCGCCAGGAAGAUGUUCUAUCUUAUUUCGAAGGAUGGAACAAGUUGCCAUGGACCCAUACAAACAUACUGUACAUCAACCACUUACAUGUGCACCUCAGCUGUGGGUACUUAUGCUAUAAUGCUGGGUUUUAGUACCUUUUUAGUACCUUUUCUCAUCUAUUAGGAUGGUGGCUCCAGACUGAACGAGCUAGGCCCCAGAGUCUGGAUGUAUUCAGAUCCAACUAC